AGUUCGCUGAGAGGGAAGAAUAUGGCCGCCGGGUGUGGUGAGGGCGACACGCUUGCAGUCGCCGUCUCUUGCUUUCCCGUCCUCUAACAUCGCCUGCAGCCAAGUGGGCCCGUUCCGCCGGAGCCGAGGACCAGGUAUUCAAAUAAAGUGAACUGCAGCUUUCUGUGAAAAUGUCAGUUUUGAUAUCACAGAGCGUAAUAAAUUAUGUAGAGGAAGAAAACAUUCCUGCUCUGAAAGCUCUUCUUGAAAAAUGCAAAGACGUAGAUGAGAGAAAUGAGUGUGGCCAGACUCCACUGAUGAUAGCUGCUGAACAAGGCAAUCUGGAAAUAGUAAAGGAAUUAAUUAAGAAUGGAGCUAACUGCAAUCUGGAAGAUUUGGAUAAUUGGACAGCACUUAUAUCCGCAUCGAAAGAAGGGCAUGUACACAUCGUAGAGGAACUACUGACAUGUGGGGUUAACUUGGAGCACCGUGAUAUGGGAGGAUGGACAGCUCUCAUGUGGGCAUGUUACAAAGGCCGUACUGACGUAGUAGAGUUGCUUCUUUCUCAUGGUGCCAAUCCAAGUGUCACUGGUCUGCAGUACAGUGUUUACCCAAUCAUUUGGGCAGCAGGGAGAGGCCAUGCAGAUAUAGUGCAUCUUUUACUGCAAAAUGGUGCUAAAGUCAACUGCUCUGAUAAGUAUGGAACCACCCCUUUAGUUUGGGCUGCACGAAAGGGUCAUUUGGAAUGUGUGAAACAUUUAUUGGCCAUGGGAGCUGAUGUGGAUCAAGAAGGAGCUAAUUCAAUGACUGCACUGAUUGUGGCAGUGAAAGGAGGCUACACACAGUCAGUAAAAGAAAUUUUGAAGAGGAAUCCAAAUGUAAACUUAACAGAUAAAGAUGGAAAUACAGCUUUGAUGAUUGCAUCAAAGGAGGGACAUACGGAGAUUGUGCAGGAUCUGCUAGAUGCUGGAACAUAUGUGAACAUACCUGACAGGAGUGGGGAUACUGUAUUGAUUGGCGCUGUCAGAGGUGGUCAUGUUGAAAUUGUUCGAGCGCUUCUCCAAAAAUACGCUGAUAUAGACAUUAGAGGACAGGACAAUAAAACUGCUUUGUAUUGGGCUGUUGAGAAAGGAAAUGCAACAAUGGUGAGAGAUAUCCUACAGUGCAAUCCUGACACUGAAAUAUGCACCAAGGAUGGUGAGACGCCACUUAUAAAGGCUACCAAGAUGAGAAAUAUUGAAGUGGUGGAGCUGCUACUAGAUAAAGGCGCGAAAGUGUCUGCUGUAGAUAAGAAAGGAGACACUCCCUUGCAUAUUGCUAUUCGUGGAAGGAGCCGGAAACUGGCAGAACUGCUUUUAAGAAAUCCCAAAGAUGGGCGGUUACUUUAUAGGCCCAACAAAGCAGGCGAGACUCCUUACAAUAUUGACUGUAGCCAUCAGAAGAGUAUUUUAACUCAAAUAUUUGGAGCCAGACACUUGUCUCCUACUGAAACAGAUGGUGACAUGCUUGGAUAUGAUUUAUAUAGCAGUGCCCUAGCAGAUAUUCUCAGUGAGCCGACCAUGCAGCCACCCAUUUGUGUGGGGUUAUAUGCACAGUGGGGAAGUGGGAAAUCUUUCUUACUCAAGAAACUAGAAGAUGAAAUGAAAACCUUCGCCGGACAACAGAUUGAGCCUCUCUUUCAGUUCUCGUGGCUUGUAGUGUUUCUUACCCUGCUACUUUGUGGAGGGCUUGGUUUAUUGUUUGCCUUCACGGUCCAUCUGAAUCUUGGAAUAGCAGUGUCAUUGAGCUUCUUGGCUCUCUUGUAUAUAUUCUUUAUUGUCAUUUACUUUGGUGGACGAAGAGAAGGAGAGAGUUGGAAUUGGGCCUGGGUCCUCAGCACUAGAUUGGCAAGACAUAUUGGAUAUUUGGAACUCCUUCUUAAAUUGAUGUUUGUGAAUCCGCCUGAGUUGCCAGAGCAGACUACUAAAGCUUUACCUGUGAGGUUUUUGUUUACAGAUUACAAUAGACUGUCCAGUGUAGGUGGAGAAACUUCUCUGGCUGAAAUGAUUGCAACCCUCUCGGAUGCUUGUGAAAGAGAGUUUGGCUUUUUGGCAACCAGGCUUUUUCGAGUAUUCAAGACUGAAGAUACUCAGGGUAAAAAGAAAUGGAAAAAAACCUGUUGUCUCCCAUCUUUUGUCAUCUUCCUUUUUAUCAUUGGCUGCAUUAUAUCUGGAAUUACUCUUCUGGCUAUAUUUAGAGUUGACCCAAAGCAUCUGACUGUAAAUGCUGUCCUCAUAUCAAUCGCAUCUAUAGUGGGAUUGGCCUUUGUGUUGAAUUGUCGUACGUGGUGGCAAGUGCUGGACUCCCUCCUGAAUUCCCAAAGAAAACGCCUUCAUAAUGCAGCCUCCAAACUGCAUAAGUUGAAAAGUGAAGGAUUCAUGAAAGUUCUUAAAUGUGAAGUAGAAUUGAUGGCCAGGAUGGCAAAAACCAUUGACAGCUUCACUCAGAAUCAGACAAGGCUGGUUGUCAUCAUCGAUGGAUUAGAUGCCUGUGAACAGGACAAAGUCCUUCAGAUGCUGGACACUGUCCGAGUUCUGUUUUCAAAAGGCCCUUUCAUUGCCAUUUUUGCAAGUGAUCCACAUAUUAUCAUAAAGGCGAUUAACCAGAACCUCAAUAGUGUGCUUCGGGAUUCUAAUAUAAAUGGCCAUGACUACAUGCGCAACAUAGUGCAUUUGCCUGUGUUCCUUAAUAGUCGUGGACUGAGCAAUGCAAGAAAAUUUCUCGUAACUUCAGCAACAAAUGGGGACGUUCCAUGCUCAGAUACUACAGGGAUACAGGAAGAUGCUGACAGGAGAGUUUCACAGAACAGCCUUGGGGAGAUGACAAAACUUGGUAGCAAGACAGCUCUCAAUAGACGGGACACUUACCGAAGAAGGCAGAUGCAGAGGACCAUCACUCGCCAGAUGUCCUUUGAUCUUACAAAACUGCUGGUUACCGAGGACUGGUUCAGUGACAUCAGUCCCCAGACCAUGAGAAGAUUACUUAAUAUUGUUUCUGUGACAGGGCGAUUACUGAGAGCCAAUCAGAUUAGUUUCAACUGGGACAGGCUUGCUAGCUGGAUCAACCUCACCGAGCAGUGGCCAUACCGGACUUCAUGGCUCAUAUUAUAUUUGGAAGAGACUGAAGGUAUUCCAGAUCAAAUGACAUUAAAAACCAUCUACGAAAGAAUAUCAAAGAAUAUUCCAACAACUAAGGAUGUUGAGCCACUGCUUGAAAUUGAUGGAGAUAUAAGAAAUUUUGAGGUGUUUUUAUCUUCAAGGACCCCAGUUCUUGUGGCUCGAGAUGUAAAAGUCUUUUUGCCAUGUACUGUAAACCUAGAUCCCAAACUACGGGAAAUUAUUGCAGAUGUUCGCGCUGCCAGAGAGCAGAUCAGUAUUGGAGGACUGGCGUACCCGCCGCUCCCUCUACAUGAGGGUCCUCCUAGGGCACCAUCAGCGUACAGCCAGCCCCCAUCUGUGUGCUCUUCCACGUCCUUCAAUGGGCCCUUCGCAGGUGGAGUGGUGUCACCACAGCCUCACAGCAGCUAUUACAGUGGCAUGACGGGCCCUCAGCAUCCCUUCUACAACAGGCCAUUCUUUGCCCCAUACCUUUACACGCCAAGGUAUUACCCUGGCGGCUCCCAACAUCUCAUCUCACGUCCAUCAGUAAAAACGAGUUUGCCCAGAGAUCAGAACAAUGGCCUAGGGUCAGGCCCAGCCCCAAGCCCAGUGGUAUUACUGAAUUCACUGAAUGUGGAUGCAGUAUGUGAGAAGCUGAAACAAAUAGAAGGGCUGGACCAGAGUAUGCUGCCUCAGUAUUGUACCACGAUCAAAAAGGCAAACAUAAAUGGCCGUGUGUUAGCUCAGUGUAACAUUGAUGAACUGAAGAAAGAGAUGAAUAUGAAUUUUGGAGACUGGCACCUUUUCAGAAGCACAGUACUAGAAAUGAGAAACGCAGAAAGCCAGGUGGUCCCUGAAGACCCACGUUUCCUCAGUGAGAGCAGCAGUGGCCCAGCCCAACAUGGUGAACCUGCUCGCCGCACUUCCCACAAUGAGCUGCCUCACACCGAGCUCUCCAGCCAGACGCCCUACACGCUCAACUUCAGCUUCGAAGAGCUGAACACGCUUGGCCUGGACGAAGGUGCCGCUCGUCACAGUAAUCUAAGUUGGCAGUCACAAACUCGCAGAACCCCAAGUCUUUCGAGUCUCAAUUCCCAGGAUUCCAGUAUUGAAAUUUCAAAGCUUACUGAUAAGGUGCAGGCCGAGUAUAGAGAUGCCUAUAGAGAAUACAUUGCUCAGAUGUCCCAGUUAGAAGGGGGCCCAGGGUCUACAACCAUUAGUGGCAGAUCUUCUCCACACAGCACAUAUUACAUGGGUCAGAGUUCAUCAGGGGGCUCUAUUCAUUCAAACCUAGAACAAGAAAAGGGGAAGGAUAGUGAACCAAAGCCCGAUGAUGGGAGGAAGUCCUUUUUAAUGAAGAGGGGAGAUGUUAUCGAUUAUUCAUCAUCAGGGGUUUCCACCAAUGAUGCCUCCCCGCUGGAUCCUAUCACUGAAGAAGAUGAAAAAUCGGAUCAGUCAGGCAGUAAGCUUCUCCCAGGCAAGAAAUCUUCCGAAAGGUCAAGCCUCUUCCAGACAGAUUUGAAGCUUAAGGGAGGUGGGCUGCGCUAUCAGAAACUCCCAAGUGACGAGGAUGAAUCUGGCACAGAAGAAUCAGAUAACACGCCACUGCUCAAAGAUGACAAAGACAGAAAAGCCGAAGGGAAAGUAGAGAGAGUGCCAAAGUCUCCGGAACACAGUGCCGAGCCGAUUAGAACCUUCAUUAAAGCCAAAGAGUAUUUAUCGGAUGCCCUCCUUGACAAAAAGGAUUCAUCGGAUUCAGGAGUGAGGUCCAAUGAGAGUUCUCCCAAUCACUCUCUGCACAACGAAGUGGCGGAUGACUCCCAGCUUGAAAAGGCAAAUCUCAUAGAGCUGGAAGAUGACAGUCACAGCGGAAAGCGGGGAAUCCCACAUAGCUUGAGUGGCCUACAAGAUCCAAUUAUAGCUCGGAUGUCCAUUUGUUCAGAAGACAAGAAAAGCCCUUCCGAAUGCAGCCUCAUAGCCAGCAGCCCUGAAGAAAACUGGCCUGCGUGCCAGAAAGCCUACAACCUGAACCGAACGCCCAGCACUGUGACUCUGAACAACAACAGUGCUCCAGCCAAUAGAGCCAAUCAAAAUUUUGAUGAGAUGGAGGGAAUUAGGGAGACUUCUCAAGUCCUUUUGAGGCCUAGUUCCAGUCCCAACCCAACCACUAUUCAGAAUGAGAAUCUAAAAAGCAUGACACAUAAGCGAAGCCAACGUUCAAGUUACACAAGGCUCUCCAAAGAUCCUUCGGAGCUCCAUGCAGCAGCAGCUUCUGAGAGCACAGGCUUUGGAGAAGAAAGAGAAAGCAUUCUUUGAGAAAAACAAGCAAAGGAGAAGAGUAUUACUGUACCCUUAUGACAGAAUUGUCCUGGAUUUUGACUCCAACCACACCCAUCACCUUUCUACAUUUCACUGACAGAUAAGUGACAGAUGAUGAGGCCGAGGUGAAAGAGACAUCCGCAGUGUGACAGAAGGGAGCGCGAGAAGCAUGACUCACCAGCCAGCCUCUAUGGUCUUUGUAAUUAGAAGCUUCCAAACUCACUAAUACCACUGUAUCUUUCAUUGGCGCACUACCCCAUACAACUUUUUGAGACGAGGUGUGAGAUAUGAGUAUAAAGAUAGGUCAGAAGUAUUUUAAAGGGCUUAAUUUGCCAAAAAGAAAAGUAAAAAGCUAGAGACCCUUUUUACAGAACAUUUGGUGACCACACAUUUGAGGGAAGAUGUGGCUUUAGAUGAGGCAGAAGCAAAGCCUGCUUUUAGGGUCUCGUCUAGGUGAGUGCACAGCCUGUGACACUACAGGGAGAGGCUCCGUAAACUGAGAUCCAGCCUUCCGUAUGACGGGGCAUUGCUUAUCACAGAGGUUCUGAAUUUUAAGUAGCAAGUACAUAAUGAAGAGGGCUUUAAAAAUUGCUGAGAAAGCGAGUCACCAGGGCUGGCAGUAGUGUUAACGGGGCUGUCCUGAGCUGUUAGGAGAGUAGAUGCUGGGAGGGCUGGUGACCUCCGUGGGUUUAUCUGUUGGAGACUCUUCUCUCCAAAUCCCAGGCCUGGCUUCCGGCACCAUCCAGCUGUGCCCAGGAAGCCACCCUGGUCUGUUCUCCAACUCGUUUAAAUGGUGCCCAACUUUUCUAAGUGAGCUUAGCAAUGAGAAGAAAAAAAACCAUGAAUUCUUUUUCUGGAAAAUCAGGGAAACAAGGGUAAUAAUAGGCGCUAAUAAACAUUUAUAGAUGAGUGAAUGAGGAAAUAAUUACAUCAAAAAGGUCAGUGACAAUUGAUAAAUGACAAGGAAAUAUUUAAUUAGGUAAAACUAAAUCAUUUGCUUUCUAUUCUAGGAUAGACUUUAUCUACUUCGUCUGUUCCUAAGUCAGCAUGUUAAUUCUGGGGGAGGAUCAUAAGAAAGGAAAUACUUUUUUAAAAAAAGUCUAAAAACAUGUAACAAAGCAAGGAUAAAAUUAUAUAUAUAUAUAUAUACACACACAUACAUACGUGUGUGUGUGUGUAUAUAUAUAUAUAUAUAUGUGGUGUGACUGUAAACCUGUACUUUCCAUUAAUUAUUAGCGGAGUUAAGAGAAUGAUCACAGUGAAGUACUGUGUGGACUAGAAAUGUGCCCUGUCAUCAUGCAAUGAAAUGUUGUUAUCGUUUUAACAUAGCUCAUUUAUGUAGAAUGAAUUCUGGCGGUUUACCCCACGGCACAGUUAGGACGGUAGAUGCUGAGAUCGCAGAUGCGCGAUUAUCUAGAUUCCGUGUUACAUUUUCAAUGUUUAUCACUCAGUGGAUUUUUAUUAAUAUGCUGAUGAAGUUAUUUACUUGGCCAGUCAUCGUGCUAAAUAGUUGCUCUUUUGUGUUUCAUUGCCAUGAUGUUUGAGUGUAAUCUAGCAUUUUAAUACAGUGUUUAUUUUGCAUGAUCUUUAACAAAUGUGUUAAGCAAUUUUAAAAAGGCAGGAUGUUGUUGACAUUAUACACUGAAGUCUUAACAUUUUAAUAUUUAUAGUGCUUAUUAGUUUGCAAAGUUGUAUAAUUAGGAAUUAUUUCAGAGACAGUGUUUUCUUUUUCAGGUGAGUAGUUGCCGCGUAAUAUCAUUGGAUACAUUCUUUAUACUGUUUGUGAAAUUAAUACUAGCAUAUUAAGUGUAUAAAUAGAUUUAGAAAACAAUAAAAAAUUGCAUGCUA